UCAACUAAAUCGUAAUGAAAAGUAAAUGCAAUUGCGGUAACAAAAUACCGGGUAAAUUAUGGAUAAUACGGGAUUUAAAUUAAUGUUAUAGAAAUACUUACAUAUUCUAUGUAUUAUCGUAAUGGAGAUUAAUCGUCAUCAUGAAUCUGAAAAUAUGACGUGGCCUUAUUCCAGACGCAUUGUAAACACAAUAAUGAGCAAUCAGUCAGUGGAUGGCUGGGUUCCUUAUUCACGGAAUACAUCCCAACAGACUCCAACUGGCUCUAAUAGCCGAAACGGUAAACGCGUUGCAGCAAGAGCAUUCUGAGGAUGACGGGUUUGAUUUCCGGUCGGCCCAGUAACUUCCCUUGGGCAUAGAGUGUUCGAGCUCGCCACACAAUUGUCAUUGGCAAAGAAAGGUAUCAAUAACUCUGGAAGUACUCAGAGAACAUCCCAAGAUAUCCCAAUCGUAACCGACUUGCUUCUCUGUAUGUUUUUUUUUUGUGGGCUUAGUCCGUAACUGAUUUAAGAGAGGUUUAGGGCAACCCCCUGAAGAAAGCGUUAGUUCUUGAAGCCGCCGCCUUUGGUGGGGCGCCACGGGUUUGUUUACGGAAUUUCAGUCUGCUGGCCAAUCUGCUACGUGCGGAUGCGAACUUUGUCGUACGUGAUCGAGAAACGAUUAUUUACACAUAUUGUUCAAUGCAUUUAGUGAACUUUGUUAAAUUUACAAGACGCACAAGUAUGAAAAUAUAUUUAGCCCAUGUUAAACAACGCUUAAGUCAAUUAAAUGUGAAUGUCGCGCCAGCUCAAACAGAAAAAUCACUAUGUUUUCAGCUUUAUGCAACCGCCAAUUCAAAUUAGCACCACGUCCAGCACCAAAUUUUUGGCUUCAAUCUAGUUGUAUGUGGAUGACAGCCGUUUCAUGGGGUUGGUUUAGGGUCGAUUUCUUCACCCUGGCUUAAGCGUUAAACCAGGUUUAACUGUAUGGGUAAGCCUGGCUUACCGGUUAAGCCGAGGUGAAGAAAUCGGCCCUAAGGGCCUAUUAUAACUUUGACUGCGACAUGCAUCGAUCUUGUUUUCUACACCCUGACUGGAACGAGUUUUUGCAGAUUAAUGAUCCUGAUGCUCUGCUACAUGUACAUACAUACUGUGGUAAUUCGAUUUGUUAUUCAUAUGAUUAUACUUUUCCACCAUUAUAAUUUGGAGAAAUAAACGACACCAGAAAAUCAGCACUUCUUGACAUUUUGAAUACACACUUUAUUAUCCUGCCUAACAACCACUUCUAGACUACUUAGAUGUACUUAGAUGUAUAUGGCUAUCACAUCUCCUUUUCUAUCGUUUUUUUUUUUUAUUUGAGAGUAAUCAUUCAUUUUAUGUUAUUUGGAGUAUCUCAACGUGCUCUUCUUAGGUGCUUCAGUUCGAAUCCGAUUUCUUCAAAUUAACGAUCGUAUUCUGCAUUCUUGGGUAUUUUUAUAAGCUUCCUAAUCAUCCAUAUCGAACGUAUUUUCUCCAAGAGCGAACUGCGCAACAGAUCUUAAAAGCUAGCAAUGGCAUCUAACUUAUUGAUCUCUGAAAUUAAACUCAAUUUUAAAUUUUAAUGUUAAAAGACAUACAGUUUGCACAUGUCCCGAAGUUAUUUUUUUACCGUUUACACCGCUAGUUUUAUUAACAGUAUCAUUGAUGCUGGAGCAUACCCUGUUCACCCUUGCAAGGUUCACAGAUUUGCUAUUGUUGAACAAAUCCAAAACUGCUUUCAGAGACUUGAUCUUAAAUUCCUGUUGAGUUACUCUACCCCACAGAAAUAUAUAAUAGAUAAAUUCAUGAACUAAAUAAGUAAUAAAAAUAGCUUUGUUUCCGCACAAUUCAUAAGAAGUAUGUACAUAUGCAUAUUUCAAUUAAUACGAAAUUUAUAUCAACUUUAUUCAAUUUAGUUAUGAUAGUGUUUUUUUUUGUAUGCAUUUUAAAUGAUUCUUUUCGCAAUAUUAUAACAGAUUGUUUAAACUUUGUCAUUCUAAAAAGUGUAUAUAAAUAUAGAUGUUCUCAGAGACUUACAACAUUGUUGAUCAGAAGGAUGCUUUAAACCGACAAUUCAAUAUUCAACUUCAAUAGAACAUGCUGUCAUUUUUAUUAUGGAAUCAAUUUACCUCUUCACAUUGUUUUUUUUUUAUUGAAUACAAAAGACUGCAGCACUGUUUGUUUUGUUUCCUAAAAUAUGAACAUAACAAGUAGUAAUGCAAUUAAACUGUGAAUAUGGAAAGUUUCUUCAUACUAGCUUUAGUAAUACGCAAAGUAUAAGUCCAAAUUCUAGGAUCGAGUAGAGACAAAUCAUACAGUAAUUGUUUAAAAUUGCGUGUUUCAAAAUUCAAAUCAUUGGGAGAGGGUCAUCAAUGUACUAUAUUUAGGUACAUGUGAUGAUUAAGUGAAAAGAGCUUCUGUUAACUAAAUUAUCACGUUUUUAUUGCUCUCAAGAUUACUUCUCUCAAUUGUUUAUGUUUUCAAUUGAACGAAUGAAACAGUGAGAAGUUAUGUUAAUUCGUUGAUCCGUUCUCGUGCCAAUGUGGCAUACAACAAUAUUUCAUUUUGUAUAUAUGUAGGCAUUUUUUUAAUACGUGAUUCUUUUGUUUAAGUGUAGAAUUUAUUUAUCUAUACUUGUAAUAAAUAUCAAAGCAUUGCUGCUGCAUUGGAAAUUCAAUAACAAUGUGAAUCAAGUACUUGAAAACCAUCUGUUUUAACUUAUUUCAACCUUUUUAUGUUAAGGAUAAUUCUCAGUAAAAAAACAAUGACUUCAAUAGCUUAUUAUACAAACAUUUGUGCCCAAUCAAAAUUAAAAAUUUUAGAAAAAAUACCUUUUAAUCACUAUGGUGAGAAAACUGGUGUAAUGCUGUAAUUAGCUGUUUUUCUAUCUAUUCUUAAAGUGUUAGUAUUUAUGUGUAUGUUAUUUACAUAUUAUAUAUUUUAUCAUCUCUAUCAUCUGUUCGAAAUAUUUUCUAUAAAGUGACAGACAGAAAGAAAAUAUAGAAAAUCAAAUACACAUUAAACCUGUAAUUCAGUUCCGAUGUGUCACCAAUUUUAUAGUAUUUUCUGCCCUCAACUGUGUGCGUUUAGAACAUAUUGCAAUGCAAGAAUACCAAGCGGAGUUACUUGUGGAAUUAUGUGAACAAAUAUUACCUGUCAAGCAAAAUUAAGUGAACAUGUUGAUACCAACUCGCAGUAUGCAUCGGUUUUCUGCUCAUUAUAUAUUGUUUUCUUAGGUCGAUUGCGGAACACAGUACAGUGUAAAAAUAAUAAAUUGAAACCAUCCAAUAAAUAUAAUAUUGAUACUAUUGGUGAAAAUUCGGUAGAAUACGAAGUGGAAUUUGACAUCACGAUUAAUUAAACCUCCACUUUUUGUAUUCAGUAUACUGCCGAGAAUCGUAUAUCUGUCCCAAUUGCAUAGGAAAUCCAGCAAAGAUGGGACUGAUAUGCGAUUCACGGCAGUAUAUGUAGGUGUAAUAUGAAACAAUGUUUUGAUAUUACCUCAUUUUUUCACUAUUUACCUAUUUUACGCAUUGAUACAAUGUACUGAUAAUUAUAAUACAAAGUUAAUGUUAUUGUUCAAUUGCACAAAUCAAAAUAAAUGUAACAUGUUGAACAAAAUUAUUUUGUAAUCUUUAUAUAAGGUAUUGCUUAACAACCAAAAGAGUGUUACAUUGAUUCGCCUCAAUAUAAAUGGAUCUCGUCUCAAGUAAUGUGUCGAAUUUUAUAGCGUAUUUCAGCACUGUAUUAUAGAGUAGAUUCUCAGGACCCAUGCUUUACUUCCAAAGAAGUAUCCGCAUUUUUGUGAGAUUGUCGGAAUAGGGAUUUGAUCCCAAGUCCUCAGCGUUGUUCUUCUUUAUUUAAGCUAUCUAAAUGACUCAUACCAGUCUCCUUGUUUUUUUUUUUUCUAAUGAAAUGUAAUACACGUAUUCAUGAUUUUUUUUAGUUGGCCUUACGGAUAAUUAUAUAUUUGAACUCCGUCUUACUUUGAAUGUAAAAUUAAUCUCUGUACAUGAAUGCACAAUGCACCAUAAUGCAUUUAAUAUUAUUGCUGAUAGUUAUCUGUAUUGAGAUCUCGGCACCAAUAUGAACCAAAUAGGCACUCUGAACGUGCAGUACGUCAGCGUUGUGUUUCUAGCGAAAUUCUUUAGCAGAAUUAAGAAUAACAACUACUUAUUUAUUCCCAUUUUUUUAAUUUUCAUUCAUUUCAAAUCUUGUAUUUUUUUACAGUAGGUACCAUACAAAUAUCAUCCACGAUGCUUUUUUAAGUGUAUCUUUUGACCACUCGUCAAGUAGGCUUUGCCUGAGUAUUUUUAUUUUCAUAACUGUCAAAUUGUUUCAAAGUUGUAACCAUAGAGGCUUGCACCAAAAACAUAACCUCGCAAAUUCUCAUACAAAAAGUAAACAUUGCCCUCAAAAUUUUGAGGGCAAUGUUUACUCGGAUAUAGGUUGACGCCGUAGGAGAGAAAGAGAAGGAGAUAAAAAGUGACGUCACUGUGCAAGCUCCCAUUGCCAUUUCUCAUGCAAUGUCUCAGCAGUUAUCCUCCUUUUCUACUAAUGUAGCGGCUAUCGCCUGUUUUCCUGCGAAUUGCAGCGGCUAUCGCCUAAUUUUCUGCGUAAUGCAGCGGCUAUCGCCUGUUUUCCUGCGAAUUGCAGCGGCUAUCGCCUAAUUUUCUGCGUAAUGCAGCGGCUAUCGCCUGUUUUCCUGCGAAUUGCAGCGGCUAUCGCCUAAUUUUCUGCGUAAUGCAGCGGCUAUCGCCUGUUUUCCUGCGAAUUGCAGCGGCUAUCGCCUCAUUUUCUGCGUAGUGCAGCGGCUAUCGCCUGAAAUUAGCAUUUACCAUGCCUUACUUUUUCUGCUUUUUCGCAGCGGCUGUCGCCUGUUUCCAUGGAGUUCCAUGGACUGUAUUUCCUGAUCCAAAUGCAAUGUCCUUCCGACCCGGAAGUGACAGAAUUGUAAUUUGUUCCCAUUUUAUCUUAUGUAAAUACCUGAUUUUUAUCUAUUCCGAUUACUCCUCGUCGCCAGAUGUGGUAAUUCGAUUUGUUAUUCAUAUGAUUAUACUUUUCCACCAUUAUAAUUUGGAGAAAUAAACGACACCAGAAAAUCAGCACUUCUUGACAUUUUGAAUACACACUUUAUUAUCCUGCCUAACAACCACUUCUAGACUACUUAGAUGUACUUAGAUGUAUAUGGCUAUCACACAUACUUUUUGUACAGAACAUUUUUCAUUGCAAUCGGUUUAGUAUUUAUGGCUCUACAGUUUAAUCUAAUCUAAUCUAAUCUAAUCUAAUACAUACGCAGCCAGUACAAGAAAGCAUCCUGGAAAAUAAUCAGGUUAGAUUACGCCUGAUCAUUUUUCUUGUCAAUAUUGAAGCUUGUGGCAUAUUGAGAAUAUGACACAAGCGUCAAAGCGGCCAGGCUACUGCGCAGUAUUUACCGCAAAGAUGAUUCUUGGAAAUGCUUCGACUUCUACAUUUUAUUACAUUUUGUGUCGAAACAAUUCUAGAACCUACAGGGGUGGAAGGAUGCGUGGACAUACCGUACCAAACGCUCCAUAAUGUAAGAAAUUGAAUAUAAUUGAAGUAUAAUUAUUAUAGCAAAGGUAGUUAAGAUUCAAAAUAAUUCCAAGCAACGUAGAAGUUAAAACGUAUGAGAAAAUCACUUCACAGAACCGAUAUUUUCGUAGUCAUAAAGUAAUUGGAAGGUACGCUGAAACCUUCAAAUGGUCGCCCGAAAAUCUAAAAUGCACUCCGAUAUAAAAACGUCACGCGAAGAGAAAAAUGGACCACACGACACCACCUUUUUUUGGUUUUCUCGAAAUUUGUAAAUUCACAAUCUUAUUUCUGUUGAAACUGGCACUGAAACUAAUUUCAUUGGGCGGGGUUUCUUGCCGGAUGGCAUAGUACCGUCAUCCGAUUGACCAGCAGAUGCGCGAGAAAUUCUCUUUUGGACGGCUCUUUCAAAACGCCCCUGAAUCACUGAAACCGGUAAUUUAACACCGCUCGGAUCAUUUUUCGCACUUGCCUACAUGGCUAGUACAUAGAAUCACUCGCGAAAUCACAAUCCGUGGGGCGUAAUGCCGGUCAAACAACCCGCGGAACGGUGAAAAUCGAUAGCAGGAAAACAAAAUAACGUGACGAGCAAUUGAAAACACGUCCGCGCGCGGCAACGACUACUGCGAUCCUCCUAUUUAUGGCUCUACAGUUUAAGGUAAAAAAAAAAAAAGUGAUAUUUUUUAAAGUGUUUGUUUGGCCCAAGAGCCGUAGCGUGCGGUUGGCCAGGUUGGCCCCCGCCAAGGGCGUCAACCUCAGAGGGGGCGCCGAAAAGGCCUAAGGCUAGAAGGAAACUUUUUUUUACCUUAAUUAACGAGAUUUUUAACCCUAGACUAGUUCAUCUCGGGAAAAUAAGGAAACAGGAUAACACAGUGGUGCUCAGGCUGGAGGAUACCGCGGGCCAAAUUUGCAAUUCGGAAUCGACCUGCGGGCCGCAUAAAACAUCGAUGCACAAAAACAACAAAAAGAACAAUUCUAAAGCAUAUUUCUGCUAUUCUGCUAUUCUGCUAUUAUCAACGCAUCCCCUGGCUUUCGCCCAUCUGCGUUGUCUUUUCACUAGGCAAUACGUCUACCAAUUGAUGUUUAUGGGCUUGCCGGACCAAGUCAUGUAGCUAAGCCAAACACCCCACCUACAACUGUUGGGUAGGCACCAUUGUCCCGCCCACUGGUCUUUUACAGCUAGUUGUAGGUGCAUGUGUGCGUGUAAGUAUUGGAGUGUGUGUGUCAGUGUUGGUGUAUUGUAGGCGCCAACUCGUUCUAAUCCACUCUGAUAGCUAACACCCUAUUGAACCAUUACCCUUAAAUUUGGCAAUCUAUGAAAUAGAAUGAGUUAAACGCCUGUAGAAAACAGUCAGUUAAAUCAAACAAGGAAUAUUAGUAUUAAAGCGAAGAUACAACGAAGCAACGCCCCGAACCUCGAGAGCACAAACCCCAAGAACCAAAUGACAGGCAGCGCCGAUAAGUCGAUCGACUGGCCACCAUCAGUGAAUAACCAAUCGAGUAAACCCCCCAGCACAAACUGCCACCAGCUCUCCCGACCUGCGCCCAACAAAUCCGAGGCACAGCCCAGCCUUAGCUUCACCUUAAAACCAAAAUCUAGAUUACAGAGCACAAUACUUCCCAAGUAACCACACAGCUCGAGCCGCAAAUCACGCACAACACGGCACAAAUAAGACAAACACUACCACGCCCGUACAACCGAACCCGAACUAGAGUAGAGAAGGGUCUCUUUCCACUCCAACCCGGACUCAACUGCACCCACAGGGCAGCGCACCUCACCCACACCGCACUCAUUCAUGCAUCACUGUCCGAGCCGCACGGUCACCUGGGUUGAGUCUAUCUGCAUGACCUCGCCCAACCCGUAACGCAGAGUUUAAGUCCCUCUCUUGCAUUACAAAGUACUCCCUCUUCCCAAAAAUCUGUGCGUGGUAUAAAUGAGAUCUUAAGGCUGAAGAAAUCGUCACCAAUACAACCGCCAACACUGAGCACUCAAUGAUGUCGGCCUUAUCAACGACGACCCCCUCAGUCCCAAACCCAAUUAUCCCACACUACCCAAGUAACCACCCUGCUGAAGCCGUAAGCACCGCACGCACAAAGCACACACACACACCGACACGCACCACCCCACACAAACCACCAAGGCCGAACAAAAGCGGAAAGCGGUGCCACCACUGCUGAAUCACGACUUUUUCAGUAUAAUUCAGCAAUCGUAGAUCCAUUCUUCGACCCUACUCAGCCCUAACGGUCCAUAGCAAUGCCUGUCAAUAUAUGCGCCUCACACAUGCAACCCCUACACCCUAACAGUAUGGUCACUUGGGUAUCCCUGGGUUUUGACAUGAUGGUCAGGGAUCACAGCCAUCAAAACGUUCCACACUUUAUCAGGGCUUACGACCUGUAGACAUGAUGAUUUCUCAAUAGUUUCAAGCUCUUUCGGACCUUCCGCUAUUGGAGACCAUCAUGGCUAGCGGUGUUAAAAAAAAAAAAAAAAAAAAAAAAAAAAAAAAAAAAAAAAAAAAAAAAAAAAAAAAAAAAAAAAAAAAGAACAAUUCUAAAGCAUAUUUAUUAAAAAUCUGAACUGUUCAGAGCUUGUGUAAGGGUCAAACUUUAUAAUCUAUUGCCCUUCGUGGAGUUCAAUUUAGAUUCAUAAGUUUGGAUGAGAAAAACGUUUGAGUUUCAAAUUGAAAUUCAAACAAACAAUUUAGAAGUUGCCCCUAGAAUUUCAAUGAAGCCACUUCAAGAACUUGUCAAGCAGCUUUUACUAGAAUUUCUUUUGAAUCGCUCCAAAAAGGUUUGCUGGAUUUUCUACUGAAAUUUGUUGUGCUCCAGAAGGGUUUCGAGAAAUUUCUUGAAGUUUCUUUUAGUUUUUCUAGAAUUCUCUUGGAACACCUCCAAGAACUCCUCUUAGAUUUGCCUUUGGAACUGUCCUGAAGUUACUUCAGGAAUUCCUCAUUAAUCGUUUCCAGAAAUUUCUCCUAGAAUAGCUUCCGGAUUUUUCCGAAAAUUUUGCAGGAGUUUCUUGAAGAUUUUAGUAAAUUCUUUCCACAAGUCUCUUCUAAAGUUGAUGAAAUACUUCAUCAUGAAAUUUCUUCAAAAAUUAGAUUUUUAACAUUUGUUUCCGGAAGUUUCUUCAACAUUAUCUUCUAAAAUUGCCGCAUAAGUUGCUUCAAAUUUAUUGUUCAAAUUUCCUCAGGCGUUCUAGGCAUCUUUUGUGUCUUGAUGCAGUUGGUCCUGGAAUCUUGUUUGUAGUUACUUCUGAAAAUUUUCUUGCUGUUGGUCGAGGAAUUUAUUCUUAAGUUGUUUAAGAAAUUUCUGUUAGAGUGACACCAGAACAUUUUUCUAGGAUAUGCUCCUAUAAUUUCCAUGCAGUAUCGCACCAACUUUCUCAUUGAGUUAGUUCAGGUAUAUUUUCUCCACGAUGAUUUGCGUUUCUCCAUAUAUUUCGUUUAGAGUUGCUUAAAUUUUUUCUCCAAUAAUGUUUCCUGGAGUUUCUCCAAAAAUGUAUCCAAAAGUUUCUCCAAAUAGGCACAGGAGACGCUUUAUGAAUAUCGCCUGAGAUUUUAUUUUUCUUUAAGUUCGUUCAGGAGUUUCGCUUGGACAAUUCAAAUUAGAUUCGUAAGUUUUGUUUCGAAAAAUAUGUGAGUCUUAUAAUACAGCAGUGGAAAUUAAACAAUAUUGGCAAACAAAUUGAGAUUUGUUGAGAACUUAGUCAAAAACUUCGUGCUUUGUGUUUUUAUGUUCUUCGGAAAGGCGAAAUGUGAAAUAUUUUCUCAGCGUUGCAUUGACUGCGCUUAAAAACUGCAACUAAUUUUUAAAUAAUACAAAAUUACAUUUUUAACAAACUUUCAUUUGAUUCGUACCACUUAUAAACAACUAUAAGCUGGCUUCGUGACUUAGCUGAAAUGCCGAAAUAUUUCGGAGUUGUAAUUUCGAAUCUUACCAGAACGGAUUGUUCUUUUUGUUUAUUUUAUCAUUUAAUUUGUGUUCAGCACUGUGAAAAUUGAUCAGCAUUUUUUUUUGUUUGGUUUCUUAAUAAAUUGAAUAAGCUAUUUCAAAUAAUCGUUCCAAAAUUUUGAUUCGUCUUAAAGAACUCCGCGGGCCGCAUCUUAAGGCUUGAAGGGCCACAUGCGGCCCGCGGGCCGCAGGAUGAGCACCACUGGGAUAACACUAUUGUUUUCUUGAAUGUUAUCAAGCUUUCACUAUUUACAGUAUCUGGGAUUGUGGCUACUUCCAAGGAUUUCAAGACAUUUAUGGAAAUAUUGUAUAGUGUUAACAAGAAGUAUUUGAAAUGGAAAAUAUUUGUAGUAAAAAAGCCCAAAAAAAUAAAUUGAACUGAAAUAGCAUCAUUUGAAUAUUUUGUACUGAACUCUUGUAAAUCUAUCAGAAACCAGUUUAUUCGUUUUCACCGCAAGAAGUCGCCAAUUCCUUAUUCUUAUUUCCUCAAAACAAAUUAAAUAUUCCAGGAGCUCCUUCAUAAAUUUCAACAGGCAUUCUUCGGAAUUUCUCGCUAGGUUUCUUUCGAAAGCUCUUUCAAGAAAUUCUUACGGAAAUUCCUCGAGUGAUUUUUUUGGAAAAUUUUCAAAGAAUACCUCCAGAAAUUCUCACAGAUACUUCUACAUGGAUUAUAAAAAAAAGAAUCAUACUAAAAAAUGUUCUAGAGAUUAAUUUAGAAAUAUUUCCAUGGUUUCCUCCAGAAAUUUCUCCAGUGAGGCUUCCAGGAAGUUAUCUCUCUCUCUCUUCUUGGCGUAACGUCCUCACUGGGACAAAGCCUGCUUCUCAGCUAUGAGCACUUCCACAGUUAUUAACUGAGAGCUUCCUCUGCCAAUGACCAUUUUGCAUGUGUAUAUCGUGUGGCAGGCACGAAGAUACUCUAUGCCCAAGCAAGUCAAGGAAAUUUCCUUUACGAAAAGAUCCUGGACCGAUCGGGAAUCGAAUCCGUCACCCUCAGCAUGGUCAUACUGAAUACCCGUGCGUUUACCGCCUCGGCUAUAUGGGCCCUUAUAGCCCUAGUUAUCAAGAAAUUUAUUCAGAUUUUUUUUUUCAAAGAAUACCUCCCGAUAUUCUCCAAGGAUUUUAUUAGAUAUUCUUCCACAGUUUCCAAAUUUCUGCAGAAAUUCUUUUGAAAAACCUUUCAUGGUUGAAUUAUAAAAAGUUUCUCCAAAGAAAGUCCUCCACAGAUUUCUUCAAAAAUAAUGAUCCACAGCUUUAAAAGAAGGUGAUGAUUCCAAAAGCAGUUACGCCCUUUUGAAAUGUUGGUGUCGAAUUAUUCUAUUUCACAAUUUUUUCUCUGUGUUUCUCCAGGAAAAUAAUCAAUGAUUUUCUUUACAAAUUCCCUUCAGAGAUUCCUAUAACAUAUCGUUAGGGAUUACCGUGUGCGCACCUAACUUUGCGCAGGUCCAAACUUUGCGCAUUCUUGUAAAAAAACGAAACAAAUAACUAAAUGUCAACAUAUUCACCAGUUUAAUCAUUGCACUAGCAUUGUGUAAACAAAAACAUUAUUUGACAAAUAUUUAAUUGCCAUAAAAUCUUUGUUUAUGUUGAAUAAUGAACAAAAAAUACACAAAAACGUCAAAACCUGCUUCGCCUUACCACGGUUGCCAAGAAAUAACUCUACUAAAAAUCGACAUUUUCCUCGAUAAAAAUGUGCAACGAUGAUUAAUUUUGCAGUUAAUUGACAAAAAAGGUGAUAUUCUAGUAAUAUCAAUCACAGUUCGUAAGAAAUUUUUCAAUUUAAUUAGUAAAUAGUGGUGCGCAAUGUUUGGAACCAUUAUUUGCACUGUGUUCCUAAUUUUUGCGCACUUGCAGUAAAUGCUUGUUGAACGUGAAUACAUAACUUAUGAACCAUUUAAAUAUAAUGUAACACCAGUACUGAUAAUUUCAGGCCUGCCUCUCCGCCAUGUAGCAAAUUUUGUAUCGAAAUUAGUAGAAAAUUGUAUGAACCGUAGCACUAUGGCAGGCACUCUCCAUCUGUCUACAAUGAGACGUGAAUUGUGAACAGUCCUUCAUUUGGAUUUUCCGGCGGUCAAUGUUAGGGACGAUUCAAAUAUGACGUCCACCAUUUUUAAGACUUUUAGAACCCCCUCUUCCCCUGGGCCACCCCGUCACGCUUCAUAGUAUACCUAAUACAUGGCAUAUCACACUUUCUCAGACUACCCCAGCCCCCUCCCCCCAAAAGAUGGGCGUCAUAUUUAAAUGACCCCUUAUUGUUCCUAUCCGUAACGGUCACUUCAUUUCUCAGGAAGCUUUUACCUUUGAUCUUUAGCCACAGGAAACAACCCCUCAUGAAGUUUGGAUUGUUCACACGGUAGGUGCCUACCGUAUGCGUGAUAAUGUUUGCACCAUCGUACAAAUAAGGUACAAAUAUCACCUGUACACACAAUGUCUUGGUUUUUAUUGCAUGCACGUAAGCUCUAACUCAUAUCACAGUAGGUUGCGGGUAAAAAAAUCCGAUUUCUUAAGUUUGAAAUUUGCACCAUGAAGGGGUAGCAGCGGUAGUCGGGACUUGUCCACAAAUCCGCAAAUGUUAAAAAAAGACAUUUCAGCAAUGUUCAGGAAAACCGUAAAACAGUCUUAGACCGAAAAAAAGCAAGGGCAACUAUUCCCGAAGGUGUCCACUGGUCGUCCAAGGUUAACAUGGAUUAAGAAAGCUAUCGCUGCCACCAAAAAUAAGAUUUGGGUGAAUUAUAUGCGCCCAAUGAGAAAAAUGGCGAAGAAACGCGAAAUCAGCGACUUAACGGCAUGGUAUAUCGAAAAGGAAAAUUACGGUGGCCUUUAUGAUCCUUCGAUCGUAGAAAAAAAACUUACAUUAUUACCAAUGGCAUCCAGGAGCUACGAGUAGCGCCAUAUUAGAAAGUCUUGAAUUUGCCCGAACGCAACCUCCAUUUUUUUUCGAUUUCCGAAAAACUAUCGAUCCGUACCAAAUUCCAGAAUCAAUAGUUAUUAUAACUUUUGUUUGUGUGUCAAUGUCUACACCAUUAGGCAAUGUCAAAAUAAAAAAAUAAAUUCAAAAAUGGUUAAUCUUGACUUUGACACUACCACGGAUACUUUUCGACAUUUGCGCGUGGACAAAUCACGAGCUAGGUUGCCACUUUAUCAUUAUGCAAGUGUUAAACUAAGAAAAUCAACACUUUUUAUUCACAGCCUACUAUGAUAUGAGUUAUAGCUUAAAUGCCUGCAAAUAAAACCAAUACAUUGUCUUCACAAGUAAAACUGGAAUUUUAUUUAACGAUGGUGCAAACAUUAUCACGCAUACGGUAGUACGAACCGCAGACAAAAUCAAGAGCUCCGGAGGCCUCCGUUCCCCCUCCCUCGUAGGACAAAAUAUUUCAACAAAGAUCAAUUAAGGGCACACUACCUGAUCUGAAUAACUUUAGUUUAAUAAGCAAACAUUAAAUAAUAGCAUUUUUGAUUACUUUUUUGAGCAAUUCAUAGCAUGCGCAAAGUUAGGCACACUAUGCGCAAAGUUAGGAACAAUCGAAGAUUUUGUGCGCAAAGUUAGGAACAAGGCAAUGAAAUAGUUUUUCUAUUUUAAGUAUUUUUUGGUUAAUAUUAUGAUUUUUUUUAUAUUGCAGACUCAAAAUAGGAUCAUUAGUCUAUCGUAUGAGCAUGUUGUUCAUGAUAUAUUUUGUUUGUUUGUAUUUUUUAUAACGACUAGAAAUUUGAUUUUUCUUAACUGCGCAAAGUUUGGUACAUACACGGUACUUAGAAACCCUUCAAUAGAUUUCCUCAGUAAUUCUCCGUAGAUUCCCAUAGAUAAUCAUGCAAGUAUUCCCUUAGAAAUCCUUUUGUCUAUGAAAAUCAUUUCAGAUUUUUUUGCAGAGAUUUUUUAAAAGAUCUUGUAAAAAAUUCUUUAGAAAUACGACCAAAGUUUCCUUUUGAAAAUCUUCAAAAGAUUCUUUAAGAAAGAAGAAAUCACUCACUUUACACAUCAAAUCUCCCAUUGAUUCCUUCGGAAAUCGUUCCAUGUUCACUAGAGAUUGCUCCAUAAAUUUCUGCUAGAAUUCCAGCAGAAAACCCCUCAUGAAUUUCCUAAUAAACUCCUUCAAAAGAUCAUAAAUUUUAAAUGCCUUCCAGAAAUUUUUCCAGGUCUUCCGUUAGAAAACCUGCCCUUGAUUUCAUCCCAAAUUUCUUCAAAAGUUUCUUUUGAAAGUCUUCAAUGGAUUCCUAUGAAAAUACCUCCAGAUAUUUUACCAGUUUUAUGGUAAGAGAACUUCAGAAAAAAAACCUAGAAAAAAACCUUUGGUAAGUUCAUUGGAAAACUCUGGUAAAACCAAUUGAACAAAUCACCGGAAAUUGGUAAAAUAGAUUUUUGAGGAUUCUUGAAAUCCCCUGAAACUCAAUUAACCCUUCAGGACGCGUAUCUUUGAAAAAAGUACAACAUUACCUAAAACCUCGCUCUUAAUGUACAAAUUUUGAAGAAACUUUGAGAAAUAAAAUGAAUAUCUACAUUUUUUUUUCAUAUUAACAAUGUCUAAUUGUCGAGGGGCGUCAAUCUGGAUGCUUGCCAAGGGUGUCAUGGGACCACGUUACGGCUCUGAAAGAUUCCCAAAUAGUAAGUCUCUUGUUUCGACUAGAAAUCCUCUACAUAGAGAUAAGCGGAAGUUACAUAUGUCGAUUCGGCAACGCUGUUCAUUUUGUUUACAUCAGCUGCCAACACUUGCUACAAAGCUAUGAUGUUGAAACUUUGUGCGUGACUUCGUAGUGGUUCAAGUUGUUUUGUUUACAUUUUCUAAUUAUGGUAGAUUUUUUUUUCAAAAUUUUGAAAAAAAAAUAGCGGAGCAAUCGAUGAAAUCUGAAAUUUAUUGCAUAGUUUUAAGCUAAACAAAUCGGCAGAACUGAAGCAAGAAGCAGCAAUGAAAGUUUUUUCGAGAAGUGCAGCAACAAAAGUUUCGUCAUAAGCUUGAGCUUUUGAAAACAGAAUUAAUUAAAUUCUAUCUUUUUACUAAGCUUACAUAUACCGUCAAUUUCUCGAUAUUAAAAAUAAAUAAUUUUAAUUUAUUUAGUUCGGAUUGCAAUACCGUUCAAUCGACACCUUCUUACGAACGAUCAGCCUGUUCAUUUGGCUCACACUUUGACAUUUCUUUCUGCACGAUUGGCUUACAAUGGCCGCCUCCGCAGAUCUCUAUAAUGUAGGAUGACUAUUCAAAAUUAAAAAUUAGAAAAAUCAAAAACUGAAAUUCACGAAAUCGAGAAUCAAAAAGAAUUAUCUUCCAAAACAUGUUUAAAUCGAUUUUAGAUGACGAAAAAUGAUAUUUAGAUCAAAAUCAAAAAUUUGGGUAUUAGAGGGUUAAAUACGCUGUUGCGAUAACAUUUCGCGACUGUAUUUUAGCGUAUACAAACCGCUAAGUGGGAACCAAGUUUCUAUCGAGGUUAAGAAUAAGAAACGGAAUAAGAAAGCAAAGUAGUGGACUUGUGAAUUAUAUGCCGCUUGUAGUCACAUCAUUAGGUGGCGCGAAUUAAUUAGAAUAAUAAAUUUUCUUUGAUUGAUAGUGUAGAAUAAGUAAGUAAAACCAGGAAAUAUUUGGAUAGUGUACUAAUGAAGUGUCCUUCAACCAGACUACAGCUAACACCACAUAGAUCCGGCAAAGCCGAUGCCAGCUGACGUUUGCCAAACUGGAUGAUAGGGCAAAGAAGAAAGUUGCACUGAAAAAUUCUUUAGCUUAUCCACCUAUCUGGACGGUUUUGAUUUGCUGAAAGAAUUUCAGCCCACGACCAUUUGCUCUACCCUUCGGCAACACUAAAGAAUUUUUCAUUAAAAUUCUAAUCUAAUGGAGGUACAGUGUGAGAAAUGCAAAUCAUCAGCACUAUUGGCGAGAUGCAUUACUUGCUCACUCUGCGAGAAUCACUAUCAUUAUGAGUGCGUGAAGAUGAACAAUUCCACACCUCAGCCUGAUUGGAAAUGUAAUCAGUGUGCGUCGUCAACACAGACCAAUCAAACAGCUGUGGAUCUACAACAACUACAAGACACGCUAUCGUUGGAGAGGAAAGCUUCCGAUAGGCGCUUUGAUCUCUUGCAGAAACGCCUCGACGCAUUGAGAGCACAAAUUGAGAGGGCACCCAUACCUACAAACAUGAGUGCGAGUCAGCUGUUGGUGACAGAAGUUGACCAACCUUCCGACGAUGGAACCUCGCAAAUGAGUAUGAAUGAGAGCAGCAGCACGCUAGAAUCUGGGCUGCAGAGAAUGUUUGCACGGCAGGUUAUUCCAUCGGACUUACCUGUAUUCACGGGAAAACCUGACGAAUGGCCCAUCUUCAUCAGCUGCUACAACAACUCUACGAAGGCAUGCGGGUUCACCAAUGUAGAAAAUCUCAUGAGAUUACAGCGAUGCCUUCGUGGUCCUGCUCGCCUUGCCGUUGGUAGUAAGCUACUGCUGCCCGAAUGCGUAACUCAAGUUAUCGAGACUCUGCAGUUGCUAUAUGGAAGACCCGAGCUGUUGAUAUCAACUCUCAUCUCUCAGCUGCGUGAGACACCGGCGCCGAGAGAUAAUGAUCUCAACUCGUUGAUCGCCUACGGUUUAGCCGUUCAAAAUGUGUCCGAUCAUAUGAUCGCAGCUGGAUUGGAAUCGCAUCUAAAUAAUCCCUGUCUGUUACAGGAGAUGAUAAGCAAACUUCCAACACACUUGAAACUGCAAUGGGCUACACGCAAGCAAGAAUACGGCACUACAACUAUCGCUACCUUUAGUAAAUACAUGUCCGAGUUGGUGAAGUCUGCGAGUUCGGUUACGUCAAAUAUCACACUGGAACAAAACAAUGAUCGGGAUGAGAACAGCGACGACAGUGAUGACGACAGAGAGUCAAUUCGAUCCACUCCAAGUAGUAGCCGCCGAAGGAAACGAAAUCGAUGUUAUGUAUGCGGAGAAAGCAGUCAUCGAGUUUCGAAUUGUUCAGCUAUCACUUCUAUGCCUGUUAUUAAACGUUGGGAGAUUGUGAAUCAGCUAAAGCUAUGUCCGUGUUGCUUAAAUCGACACUUGCCAUGGCCAUGCAAGACAGUUAAAAACUGCGAUGUACACGGCUGCAGGAUGAAGCAUCACCCGUUGCUUCAUUCAUCGAGUGACGGUGUUACGACAAGUGGAUGUUCUGUUGAUGUAGGUAGCCACAAUCGUACCAUACUAAAAUACAUUCCUGUAACUGUGUACGGAAAAUCCAAAAGGAUUGACACAUUCGCCUUCAUUGAUGAAGGUUCAUCGAGAACAAUGCUAGAAACCGCGCUUGCAGAAGAACUUGAAGUCGAUGGAACACCUGAUACUCUGAGCCUAAAAUGGAUUGAUGGUCAAGUAAAAACUAUUCCUACGAGGAAUGUAACUAUCGGGAUUUCUGAGAAAGAUAAUGUGAAUCAAUUUUCGUUGACGGAUGUUUGUACAGUCAGUAAUCUUGAUUUGCCAAUUCAAGAUUUCGACUCGAUGAUGUGUGAAUAUCCACUUGCACAAUUGCCACAUCUAAAGUAUGAACGAGCCAAACCGCGUUUAUUGAUUGGUUUAUCUGGAUCAAAAUUAGUAGUACCAACUGAGGUUCAUUUGGCAAAAAAUAGUGGUAUGAUUGGUUUUAAAUGCUCUUUAGGCUGGUCAUUUUACGGAAGUUUAUGAAGUAUUGAAUGAAACGCGAAAUGAUCCCUUUUUUGUUGUAACCCAUCCACUGAAAUAGUUGUGUUACGGGGGGGAGGAUGUUGCGAUAACAUUUCGCGACUGUAUUUUAGCGUAUACAAACCGCUAAGUGGGAACCAAGUUUCUAUCGAGGUUAAGAAUAAGAAACGGAAUAAGAAAGCAAAGUAGUGGACUUGUGAAUUAUAUGCCGCUUGUAGUCACAUCAUUAGGUGGCGCGAAUUAAUUAGAAUAAUAAAUUUUCUUUGAUUGAUAGUGUAGAAUAAGUAAGUAAAACCAGGAAAUAUUUGGAUAGUGUACUAAUGAAGUGUCCUUCAACCAGACUACAGCUAACACCACAUAGAUCCGGCAAAGCCGAUGCCAGCUGACGUUUGCCAAACUGGAUGAUAGGGCAAAGAAGAAAGUUGCACUGAAAAAUUGUAAUAUGAUCAUACAAACAUUAUUAUAAGUGAAUUAAUAAAGUGUUUAUUUUAGCUUUAGCUUAUCCACCUAUCUGGACGGUUUUGAUUUGCUGAAAGAAUUUCAGCCCACGACCAUUUGCUCUACCCUUCGGCAACAUACGCUAUUCCUCGUUGCCACUAGCUAUUCAGCGACAUUCAUUUUUUGACAAUCAAGUUGAUUUUUAUAUGAAAACGGCUACUUUGUAACGGGUACUCAAGUAACCGGUAGAAUACAAGUAGUCGGUAAAUCCACAAUAUUUUCGAUGAAUAUGGAGUGUUUGAAAUUGUAAGAUUUCCUUAAAUUUUUAAGGAUAUGCCGUAUUUUCAAAAUGGGGAGACUUGAUCCCCCUUUUCUUGGUUUGUACUGAAGUUAUAAUUAUCUGACACAUUUUAUCGUUGAAUAGACUAGAAUUCCAAGUAAAUAGAGGCUUCCGAAUAAAAUUUUAUUUUUCACAUGUAUAAUGUGUGUGUAAUCUUCGAGGGAUCAAGUCUCCCCAUGGCACUGUUGUGUAUACUAAGCUGAAUUAAUUAAAAUAUGUUAACAACAGUCUUAUUUGGAUAAAUAAGUUUGAAAGUAUUUUAUUUAAACUAUGUGCUGUGAAAUUUUGACACGAUUUGGUUCAAUUUUCACAAAGUUAUUGAGAUUUUUCGGAAUCGCUCAAAAGAUUUCUGAAUGACUGAAAACAAACAAUCAGCCGUUAAAAAAUAAUGCAAUGUACAAUCGAAAUAACUUGUAGCCAAAACAUAGUCGUUUGUCCAGGAGUAGUUUUGGAAAAAAUUAUGCUAGAAAAAAAAAAAUGUUUCUGAUUCCGAGCAAAUAUGGGGGAAACAAGUCUCCCCAGGGAUCAAGUCUCCUCAGUCUCCCCUACAUCAAACCGUUUUUAAUUAGAUUUAGUUUUAGAUUUUAUAGAGGCAUUUUAAAAACUUCCUCUGUGUUAUAGGGAUAGGAUUUUUUCAAAACACCAUCGUUCUUCUUCUUCUUCUUCAUGCAACAACAAAUCAUCAAUUGAUUAUUCACGAGUGGAAAAGUUCGCAACAAAUUCAGUUUUCGUUUUGUCUGCAACAAAAAUUUUCGAGAUCAUGUCAUUAUCUGUUACCAGUUGGGAAUCCCCAACUUGGGAUACUGAGUAAUUGCCGCGUCUUCUUUGUUGCUUGUUUUGUGCCUCUUUUAUCUGACAAUCUCUUCACUGGCCAGCAUAGGUCCUAAAGUCGACAAUGUCGGAGAAGUUUCGUCCGUCAGUCAGGACAUGGUCGAUUUGGGAUUCCGUUUGUAACGAUAGGAAGGCUGUACUGAAAAUAAGUGCUAUGUAUGGCCAUGUUCUUAAAGGCGAGGAAAUCAAUCAGUCGAAGACCGUUUUCGUUCGUCAGCUGGUGUCGGUCUAAAUUCGCCUUCUGGCCAACCUGAGCGUUUAAGUCUCCUAUAUGAUGAUCUUGACGUCAUGUUUUGGGCAGCUAUGGUGCUCACGCUUGAGCUGCGCGUAGAAUUCGUCUUUGUUAUCUUUGGUGCUUCCGGUGUGUGAGCUGUGCACAUUUAUUAUGUUAAAGUUGACCCUCAACUUGCACAUUCUUUCGUUGAUCGGGCACCAACCGAUCAUGCGCUCCUGCAUAUCGCACAUCACUAUAAAUGCUGUUUCCAGCUCGCGUGUAUAGUCGCAGCUCUGGUAGAUGGUAUGGUUACCUCUAAACGUUUGCAGCGCUACAAUGUCGAUCCCGCGGUCCAUCAUUACAUCGGAAAGUAUGCGGGUGCACCCGAUGUAAUUGAGAGAUCUGUAGUUCCACGUAUCGAGCUUCCAAUCGCAAGUCCAUUUGUUCGCUGGGAUCAUUGCCGUUGGCCUCGGUUCGUAUCUCCUGUUGAUUUUUCGGUGCUUGGGUUUUUACGGCCCGCUCGCAGGGCACAACAACAAUCCUUUCGUUUACUGUCCGGAGGGACCCAGUAAGUUUACCAAAACGAACCCCUCCGUCUCUGUCAGCAUACGAUCAAAGUUCCCACCGGGGUUGGUUACUCGAUCUUCCCUAAGGUUGUUCGUAUCCCACCGAUUCCACGCGGAGGUAGGGAUCGGAGUUGCAGAAGUUGAGAGGAUGAAGGACCUUAAGUACAAGAGGCCUGAAUCGCAUACGCAAUUUGUUGCGUAAUAUCUAAAAACUUCCUGCUGUAACACGUACAAAACUUCAUAUUUCUAUGGAGGUCUUUCAUUUGAAGCUGAACAAAUUUGGCAUCCGUCUUGGAUAUGGCCGCCAUUUUGAAUUUUAUCAUUUUAUGCUAUUUUAGCUGUGUUCGCAUUUUCAACUACUUCUUGUAAAUCUAAAUUCAUCGCUAGAAAGCUGAAAGUCUCAUUUUUUCAAGUGAGCAGCCAUAAGAUACUGUGAAAACGCAAAGCUGCACAUUAUUUUUAUUUAUUUAUUCACAUCGUCUUCAGGUUAACUGUACAGACUGUAUUACUUAAUAUUAUGGUUUCUACAAAACUAAACUGAGAUUUACAACAAAAGCACAAUACUAAAACGUUCACUUAACAAUUCAUCAUUUUUAAACAUUACAUAUUAGAACUAAAUCAAGUACAUCACAUUGAAAAUAUCAACAAACGUAACAAAUUAAAUACAAAGCCAUUUAACAAGAAUAAUAACUGCAGUUUAUACGGGCACAAGAAUCGUGUAACAAUUUAUAUAUCAAUUUCAUAUACAGGACUGCGGGCAUUAAACUGUUUCGUUCCUUAGCGCUAGUGGUUUCCAUGGGUCGUUUUUCCUACGAGCAAACUCACGAAACUUUAUCCCGCGUGGCCAGGUAGUAGCAGUCAUGGCUAGUAUUUUCCAACGGUUAGCCAACACAAUCUUGAAUGAGAUGUAAUCCAGAUCAUCGCAACUCUUCCAACGAGGUACUAAUUUCGUUACUUCCAAACACUCGGGUUCCGGAGCACAGAGGGACUGCGAUACCAGGCGCGCUAUAUCGUUUUCUGUCACCCGUCGGUCGACGUUUGUUAAAAGCAGCGAAAACGAAUCAUUAGAUGUGUGCCUAGGCAAGUGCGAUAUAUUGGAUGUACAAUCACUGGCAUUGUUUAACGGUUGCGGCGGAGAGUUGAUUGGUGUUGAGUGUCGUUGUGCUGGAGCAAAUGAAGAAGAUGAUGCGAUUGCAAUAGACAAUUUCGCGAUCGAAUUGUUUAUGGAUCCGAUUUGCAAUUUGAUUUCCUCGAGUUCUGUUGUAAAUGAAGAAUUAUCCGACGGUUGAACCUUGGGAGAUUCUGGAGUGCAAUCUCUGGUCUUGCGAUAUUGGAAAAUGCAAUCGUCACAUAUCCAAACGAUAUUGUUGGAUAGGGCAAAUAAUUGAUCCUCAGUAACAGAAACACACGCAGCGUGGAACUUUUUGGCGCAUUUUCCCUCUCACACAGUGUAAAGACAGUGAAGAGUGUCAAUGUCUGCGGCGCAUUUCUUGCACUGAUUAUCCAUUACGCUUGACUGUUACUCUCUAAUGGCUUCAACGAAAUCACUUUGAAUUUUUCAAUAAUUCCGAUCUCCUUAACAGUUUAGACACUUAAUUUGUCAACACACGGGUCGAGCACAGGAGCAUCAAGCACUACGAACUCAAAUAUUGAAUUACUUAAGCGGAUUUCACGUAGUAAUAAGUUCGAAACCGGAGCAAUAAAAUAGCGUUUAACUCAAGCGAAACAACAGCGUAAUGUUAGUUCUCCCAUAACCCAAAGAACAUAAAUAAAUAACUGCCGAUCACGAAACCUUUCGAACUGAAACCCGUUUUU